GAGAGAGAGAGAAACAAACACAUCGGAGGAGACGAAUAGCAUUUGUAACAAAAAAAAAAAAACAGAGUUUGGGCGUUUUUCGAUCUCUUGUUUUCUUGUCCAAAAGGUCGAAACUUUGUCGGUUUUUCGGAUCCGGGCUUUGCCCUAAUCUCAUGUUCUGAUUCCUCUUCAGACAUUAAAUUUGAGUUUUCUCCUAAAAUUUUCCGUAUUUUGUUGCUGCUCUUUAGCGUUCCCAAAUGGAUUUGCGGGUUCCAGUUCUCUUAUUCUUGUCUACGAUAUACUUUCCUUGUAUGCUGGCUUCACCCUCCGUUUGCAAUCACGAAUUCGAACUCUUCCUUUUCGAUUUAGACUCAAAAUGUCCUGCUUCUCUCUAUCCAUCUCCUCCUAUCAAGGUAGAUGGAGAGUCUCUGGAUAGGUUAAUGUCUUUGAAACGUGAUGGGAAUGUUUAUGUUUCUUUACUCUUUUAUGCUUCUUGGUGCCCUUUCUCACGUGCUGUCCGUCCUAAGUUUGAUAUGUUGAGUUCCAUGUUCCCUCAGAUACAGCACUUUGCUGUCGAGUAUUCUCAAGCUCUACCAUCUGUCUUUUCAAGGUAUGGUAUCCACAGCUUACCUUCAAUCCUGAUUGUAAAUCAAACUUCGAAGACGCGUUACCAUGGUCAAAAGGAUCUUACAUCCCUUAUUGAGUUUUAUGAGGAAUCUACAGGUCUCAAGCCUGUCCAGUAUGUAACCGAAGCUGAACCAACAACCAGCUUAGACGCGACCAAUGGUAACCUGAUCACAUGGUUACGCAAUGGGACAUCUAUCAGUGAAAUAUUCAGACAGGAUCCUUUCUUGGUACUGUCUCUACUAUUUAUCUGUUUACAAAUGGCUAUCCUCGUCUUCCCCAUAGCAGAAUCACGCAUGAAAGCCUUGUGGGCUUCUUACGUUUCCACUCUAAACCUGGAAAGAUUUGGAGAGAUUAGCCAACUGUUCAGCCGUGCUCUCCACAUGGUUGAUGUAAGGAGGCUAUGGUUGAAAUUAGGACUCGUCAAAACAAGGAACUUUCAUGAAAGAGCAAUGAAUGCACAAGCAUGGGCUUCAUCACUUGCAUCUGUCUCUCUAGGCCAAACUUCAGCUGACCAGUCCUGAUCUCUUGAUAGAUCCUUCUAGUAUCUUGUCAGCAUUGGAAAGAGAUAAGGUUUAAGUGUGUUCUUGAAAUCUGAGAGCUCCCUUUACUUGAAAUGUUAUAUUGACUUUCUGAGUUAAUUUGUCUGCUUCAAAAGCUUGUAAAUCCAGGAACAUCUUGGCUUCUUUCUACCUGUGAAUAUUUGUCUCUCUUUUUUGUUUUAUAACUCUGAGAUGCCUCUUUUGACCUCAUUUCUUUUACUGAAUAAUUUUGUUGAGUCAGCUAAAAUUUCUCUAAAAAUCUUCAGAGCAACUUUGUAUUGUAAUGUUUGUCCGAGUUCGGUUGGCUCCAUCAUGUAGCAUUUUUAUGUUUCAUGGCUUACUUAUAGCCUUGGCC